AUGUGUCAUUUCCUGUUUGCUUGUGUGCUCACGUUGCUCUUUCAGCCGGCGGAUAGCUUCACUUUGAAGCCGACCGAGCGAUAUCCUUGCAGUCCUCUCAAGGAUUUGAAGGGCGACCCUUUUCGAGAAUCCACAGGAAUACGACCGUCGCUGCAUCCAGUCACCAUCAACGCCGUAGCCGAAGCACUGAGACUUCGAUCGCAGAGACAAGAAAACCUGCCGAUUGUGGUGUCGGAGUCGGUAGAACCUUUGCAGGUCGCAUUAACCGCGGGAAGGAUUGCCGCUGAAGCAGUGGCAAAACGCCAACACACGAGCACCUCUGACGGUAUGGCGAUGACCCCCGCGGAAGAGCAGACAAUCGCAGGACGUGUAGUUGGAGUCGUAAUGAGGUUGAAAGAGUUAGAGAUUGAUCUGCAUGGAAGAGUCGCCGCAAUACCAUGGGUAAAAAAGUACGGCGAAUGGGAUAGUUUUGGUGUAAUGGAGAGUGAAUCAGAUCACACAUCGGUUCAUGAUCGCAUCUCAAAGGACCCACUGUUCACUAUGAGUCGCGCAGAAUGCCUGUUAGCUUUGUUUUUGCAUACUGUCGAAGUCCCGCAGUUGGAAAAGCAAGGAUUAGCAGUGCCGGAUAAAAGCCAAAUUGACUUUUUGGACCAAGAUCGAAAAGAUGUGCUCCUGUCUAGCCGUUGA